AUGGCUUCCCAGUCUGUGAGAAACUCAGUCCUCGUUCUCAGGAUUUUUGCCCUUCUACUAUUAGCUACUUCUGUUGCACUUAUGGUGAUUAACAAUUUCACGAAUAGUGAUGGUACCAAAACUAAGUUCUCAGAUCUCAUUGCUUACAGUGCUGCCUUUUUGUGCACUUGCAGGUAUGUACUUGCAACUGCACUUGCAGGAGUCGCCUACACUUUGAUUCAAAUUCCUUUUGCCAUAUACAACGUGGUGAAUGAGAAGAGGCUUAUCCGUAAUGGGUUUUUACAAGAAUUUGAUUUCUACGGAGACAAGAUUAUUGCAUUCCUUUUGGCAACCGGAGUUGGUGUUGGUUUCGGUGUAAGUUGUGAGAUAAAGAGAGCAAUAAAACAAAGUGGGGCUGUAGAAGACGAGGAGACAUUGAAAACAAACAAAUUUCUCGACAAAGGCAACAUUUCAAGUGGUCUUCUAUUAGGUGGAUUUGUUUGCAUGGCUGUGCUGUGCAUCCUUUCGUCUAUCCGUCUCUCUAUGACCAAUAGACGCUUCUUCAGAUAAGAAUUAACCUUUUGGAAUGAAG